AUGCUCAGUGUCAACCAUGUUUCCAAGUGCAACAGUCCGUUAGUACUCGAAUACCUUAACUUUACGUUGAAAUUUCCAACAUUCUUCUACCACAACUUCAAGCCGUUCGAAGUAGAACUGGAAUCUUUUCUACCGGAUCCGGAAUCGGACCCGACGCUGGUCGACUACGGGACGCUUCGCGUAUACAAAAAAAGCCGCGAUUGCCUAAUAGUGACGGGCUAUUUCAUCAUCCUGCGCAACCUGGGCCAGCAGAACGAAGCAAUGCUGGAGUUCGGAUCGAUACGGGCCGAUGGAAGCCUGUUUCCGUUAGGACGAAGCAGGAAGAAGUUUUGCGAUUUCUACAAUUCGGACUUUCCGGUGCUGCAGGCCGUCCGCGAAAAAUCCAACCUCCCUCCGAAAGGGACCUGUCCGUUUCCGAAGGACAAGUACCACAUCAACGGGUACGAACUCUCCAUGUCGCACCUGCCACCGCUGCUCGCCCCUGGCAGGUACUACAUGAGAUUGGUUAUUUUUCAGGACGAACAGUACGCUAGCGGAGCCUCGGUAAAGGGAAGAAUGUCGGUGUGA